AUGACCAAGACUGUCUGCAUCGUAGGUGCCGGCCCUUCUGGGCUUGUGGCGGCGAAAACCCUGCUGCACGACGUUGCGCCUGGGUCGUUCAAUGUGACCAUCUUCGAUGCCCAGACCCGGAUAGGAGGUCUUUGGCCCACGCGCAAAGACGACAACGCUGGACAGGUCCAUCCGCUCAUGGCGACCAACCAGAGCAAGCAUCUUAUCCAGUUCAGCGACCUGGCAUGGCGGGACUCUGAUCCGGAGUUUCCCAGGGCAUGGCAGGUUGGCCAGUACCUGGAGCGAUACAUGAAGGAAUACGGAGGCGCUGAUAUACGGCUUGGCCACAAAGUCGUGGAUACCGAACUACAGGACAGUGGUUCUUGGAAGGUGCGGACAGAGUCUGACAAGGGCUCUGAGACGAGCGUCUUCGACUACCUGCUCGUGACUACCGGGUUCUUUGGAAAGCCGAUAUGGCCAGAUAACAUACCGAAAGAGGGCGAAGUGCCGAUCAUCCACAGCAGCAAGUACCGGGACAUCAAGAGCCUCUUGCCGGAGUCGGGUAGUGGCGGGGACAAGAUCCUGAUCGUUGGCGGCCAGAUGUCCGGGGUUGAGAUUGCUGGCACCGUUGCGACUCACCUGUCGUCUAUCACCCAUGCUCCAGGAGACAAGGCCAUCCCAAAGUCGAAGCGAUAUUCUAUCCACCAUGUUGUCCCGCGGCCUUCGUGGGUAUUUCCACUCUACACGUUAGCAAAGCCUGAUGCACCGGCACCUCCGUUCCUGCCCGUCGACAUGAUAUCACAAAACCUAGCCGUAAAGCCCCAGCCACUCAAGAACACCGUAGGGCACAUCAGCGUCGACAGAGCACGUGUGGUGAACUCGGCCUUGCAGUCCAUGCUCGGUACAGACCAGUCCGAAUUCUCGGCAGAAACGAAGCUGGAUGGUGACUACCUGGACCAGCAGCCCUUCAUAGCUGUGAGCCCCUACUACAUGGACUUCGUUCGUUCGGGCCUCAUUAAACUGCACAAGGGCAAGCUCUCCUCCCUAUCCGGCACCACGGCCAUUCUGUCAUCCCAGGCCGACAAUGGCGAGAGAAUCCCCGAUAUCGCUGCCGUGAUCCUAGCCACGGGCUUCGAUCCCUCCCCCUCCCUCGCCUUCCUGCCCCAGUCCGUCCUCGAUACCCUCUCCCACUCCCCAUCGCACCCCAACCUGCCCCUCGCACUCGCCUUCCACAGCACGCACCAUGCCUCCUUACCGACUCUCGGCUUCGUCGGCUUCUACCGCGCGCCGUACUGGGGCAUCAUGGAAAUGCAGGCGCGCCUCAUCGCUGCCCUCUGGACCGCAGGCCUAACCCCCGAGAAACCGCCCCCGCCCGCUCUCCAGGCCGCCCUGCAAGCCGACGACACCAUCGCCCGCACGCUCGCCCUCCGCGACGACCCGCGGUGCUCGCAGUUCCCGAUGGGCGACUACGCCUUCCUAAUGACCGACUUCGCGCGCGCCGUAGACCUCACCAUCUCCCCGCCCGUCGGCGAGACGCCCCCUCUCGCUAACGGCAAGCCCAUGGACAUCCUGACGCCGGCGCGGUACCUCGCCCCCACGGCCUCGGAGGCGCAGCGCGCGCAGGCGCGGCAGAGUCUGGAGAGCACGCACAGCACGGCGCUCGCGGGUCUCAGUGGUGGCCGGUUCGUCGCGGGCGCCGUGUUCCGCUCGCUGCUCGGCGAGUGGCGCCUCGAGCGCGAAAUAGUGUCGCGGCUGCCGAGCCACCCAAGCGGGCGGUUCGUGGGGACGGGGCGGUUCCUGCUGCGCGAGGGGACGGCCGACGGGCGCGAACAAAGCGGCGAAGACGGCGAGACUGGGACGAAGGAGAACAUGAAGGACUGGGGCCUCGAGUGCCUCUACGUCGAGGACGGCGACUUCACCGCCAGCGGCACGGGGCUGCGGUUCCGCGCGACGCGGCGGUACGUGUGGCGGUACGACGAGGCCGCCGACCGGCUGGGCGUGUGGUUCGCGCGCACCGACGACGCGGCGCGCGCCGACUACCUGUUCCACGAGCUAGAAUUCCAGGUCCCCGCGACCCCCACGACGACGCCCAACGAGGGCGGGGGCGAGCAGCGGAACGGCUGCUGGCGCGCCCGCGCGAGCCAUCUGUGCGUCGAGGACUUGUACGAUGUGCAGUACGAGUUUGCGUUCAGGGCUGUGAACCUGCGGCAGUGGAGGCUGGGAUAUACGGUGCGCGGGCCGAAGAAGGACUAUAGUAUCGAGGGCGUUUAUACUAGGGAUACCUUGUAG